AUGGAGUUCGUCACGGCCCUCCGGGGCACCUUUGACGAUCAGAAGCCGUCGCUCUUCGAGAUCCUGUCCGAGCAACAGCUGAACUCGCUGCUACCGCCCACGCUGCGAUACCUGCUUACCGUCCUGACGCAGCGGUAUCCGCGCUACCUCUUGCGCGCUCUUAAUUCAUUCGACGAGCUCUACGCUCUGGUCAUGCUCAUUGUCGAGCGCCACUACCUGCGUACCCGCGGAGGCUCCUUCACCGAACACUUUUAUGGCCUGAAGCGCGAAAAGGCCCUUGCCGCCGAGAUCCCACGGGCCUCGACCGCCGCUGCCGGUAUCGUGCGAGAGACGCUCAAGCUGCGAUCCACCGAUGUCUGGAAGAAUCUUGCCGUCAUUAUCGGUAUCCCUUACCUCAAGCGCAAGCUCGACGAAUCACACGAGAUUGAGGCGCCCCGGGCCCUGCUUGGCGCAAACUACACGCGCAUGCCUGCGAACCCGACCGUCAGGCAGCGGAUCCUCCACUACUACAAAUGGUUCAUACGAAACAUAUACCCCAGCGUCCAUGCCGGAUACUGCUUUGCUGUCUUGGCGUUCAAUCUGGCCUAUCUGUUUGAUGGGACAAAGUACCACAGCCCGCUCAUGUGGCUAAUUGGCACCCGAGUACGGCGGAUGAACGGUGCCGACUACAGGGCCGUCGAGGAGUUGGGCAAGCCAAAGCCUGGCCUGCCUCCCGCGGCCGGGCUAAGCAUGUUCCAUCCUAGAACGCUUGGCCCAAGGAUACUGGGUAGUCUCAGCAUGGUUCUCCCCAUGAGUAUCUUUGCGCUCAAGUUUCUGGAAUGGUGGUACGCCAGCGACUUUGCCAAGCAGCUGACUCGCAAAGCGGCCGAAAAUCUCGAGCUGCCGCCACCAGUCAUUAGUGGACUGUCGGCCAAGAAAUCAAAUACAAAGGGUGAAGCAGAUAAUGGCAAGGCAGCAAAAGACGACGAGGGCAAGAAGGAGGGCGGCGUGGAGGACGCUCCGAUUGGAGCGACUUCAUUGCUACCAAUCUAUACUGUGGCAGCUCCCGAGGACUCUGGGCUGUGUCCAAUUUGCGAAGAUGAGAUACAGACGGCGACAGCGUGCCAGACGGGACUGGUGUACUGCUAUUCGUGUAUCCACAGAUGGGUAGAAGGGUCGCACUCGAGACAGGAAGAUUUCAUGCAGGACAAGGCCGGUCAAUGGGAGAGUGGUGAGGGCAGAUGUGCCGUUACUGGCCGCAAAGUUUUGGGUGGCACCGAGGGGCUCCGAAGGAUUAUGGUUUAA